GCCACAUGUCUCUGUGUCUCUCAGGCAGAGAAAGUUGGGGGCUACAUUUUUUUGAAUCAGCUCUCAGACACCCAGAGGUUUCUCCUUUUUUUAUCUCUCCUACUCAUUUACUCUCUUUCACUCACACACACUCACCAGUCAUCACUGCUGGUACUGUAGAAGGAAGACAGGAGGAGAAGAGGUGCACACCUUUACACCCAGUUGCUCGCCAAGCCAUCGCCAGACGCUUUGUCCAGGAUGUGGACUUUUCUCCUGGGGGUCCUUGUUGGACUACUGGCCUCUUCUAGGUCGGAUAAACUUCAAGUGAACUCCCGUGGCUGCAGCUAUGCAGGUGUAUUCAUGGCGGAGGGAAUAGGCCGUCACACUCUUGACUUUGAAACAGCCAAAAAGGUGUGUGAGCAGCUGGAGAGUGAAAUGGCUAGUGAAGAGCAGGUCCAGGAGGCAUAUGACAGAAACAUGGAAACCUGCAGGAACGGUUGGACCAGUAAUGAGAGUGUAGCUAUCCUCCGACACACUCAUCAUGAAAACUGUGCAAAGAACAUGACUGGGUUCAUCAUCAGUCCUAAUAGAAAUCUUACAGAGCUUAAUGAUGCCUACUGUUAUGAUGAAGAAGCUGGACCUGAGAAGAACUGUUCCAAAGAAUUUCAUUCACCAAGACAAAUGGACCUACCUGCAGCAGCGAACACAACAGAGACAGACACGGCUGCACCGACACAACCCAAGUUCACGCUUGACCCUGAGACUGACCCCCCUAUGGUGGAAGAGACGGACGUGGAUAUAAUAGGUGGGACCACACCGGCAGCACCGACUGCUUCUACAGGGCAUACGGCGGGGUCAGAGGUUACCCCUGAAGUUCAUGAUGAGGGAAAGGUCACCGAAGAGCAGUACAGAGCCAUACAUGAGUUUGGGUCUGGACAGUCGACAGAGGAGGGAAACUCAACAGUCCCUGAUGGGCUGCCAGAAGAUUCUAAAAGUCAGAGUCAUGAGACUAAAAACAAAAACAGGAUCCUGGAUCCUGUUGGAGCUGAGAAUGACAAACAGAAGAGCAGCGAUUCAUCAACUUGGGUGGUGGUCGUCGUGGUGAUUGUGGCGAUUGCUGUUAUCCUCCUGGUUUGUGCUGCUGUCGUCAACAGAAAAAGCUGGUUUGGCAAGAAGAAAACCUUGAUGAUCACAGGCAAAGAUGGCAGUGAGGGCAAUGGGACGGCAGCAGCGGUGGCAGUGGCAGCUUCCAGCCCUCAUAACCAGGAGAGGGAGCAAGAAAUGGUCACCCUCAUGAGCAAGGAGAACAUCCGGGAGAAUGGCAACACGGAGGAGUUCACCGUCAUCAAACUGGAGGAGUCUCCGGAUAAAGACCAGCAGGCGUGAGGGUCAUGAGACCAAAGGAGGAGACGAAAAAGAAAGAAAGGAAACAAGAAAAGUUUGGGGUUUAUAAACUGCCUUCAGCACUGAGUGGACACUGAAAAAAAAAGGCAUAUGAAUGUGUUAACGGAGUAACAGAGUGUUUUUAGAGAUGUGUCAGCACAGCAUGAGAAAUAUUUAGUUAUAACCGAAAGGUGUGGAUUGUGCUUUAUUCUUUUAUUUUGGUAACACUUUACAAUAAGAGUCCCUUUAUUAACGUUACUGUUAUUGUUAAUUAUUAAGUGUCCUUGAAGUAACGUUGUAUUCUUCCUGGUGAUAGAGAGCAGCGCAUUCCUAAAUCACUGCAAGCAAGCAGUAUUUUUGUGUUCGAGACCUGACCCAUGGAUGGCCGUUAGGGUCAAAAAUUCAUAGGAGCGCAAUUUUUAAGUGAGUACUUCAUCAGAUCGUUCAACCUCGAGCAAAACGACAAGUACAUCAGCUUUCCUUUCAUCAGCGGCAGCGAGCGACCAGGUAAAUGUGUAAAACAGGAACGUUUAUGAAGGGUGAACGCUUUGCACCCAAACUGUUGCAAAUCAGUGAACGCGUUUUGUCCUCACGGGCUCCCGUAGAAGGAAACUUUGCGUCUAAUAUGGCGUCGCCCAAAGACUUAUGGGCUCGACACACGGGAGGCGACAAACGACCGCGAUCAGUGAAAUUUGUCGCUGUCGCUUUUAUUACCUGACACACGGGAGGUGAUCCGCGGCAGCGGCCAGCGGCAAAGCCGUUGACGUGUUCUGUUCCAUGGCGAAAUCGAAACUUCCGUUGUUUUGCCUGGCUGUGCCAGGUUGGAGGGAAUUAAGGUUAUUUAAGCGGUUCAGAGUUAAAAAAGUGGUAGAUAUGAUGUUUCACAAGGUGCUGCUAGAGUUAUGUGAAAUCUUACUUCUGAUUUUACUACAAAACAUAAUAAUAAUCAACUUCUCCUCCAUGUUUGCUCGGAGGUGUACGGAGCAUCCUGUCCGCUCAUUGGUCAGUGAAUGAAACCUCCGUUGAUUGGUCCUCGUCCGAGCGACCGUGAUGAAAAGUUGAAAAUGUUUCAACUUUUUGGGAUCGCGUCGCUGGGUCGCCUGUGCACGACGCAUGCACGAGCGCAAAAUUUCACACGCACGUUUUUCGCGCUUUGUUUGGUAGGAGGGAGACCCGCGAUUAUCGCUUUGUCGCGCAUGUCUCAUUGAAAAUGAAUGGAGGAGAGGCGAUGUCGCCUCCCGUGUGUCAAGCCCAUUAGACCCUUGUUGAUGUAUUUUAGAUCCAAUUUUACAAAAUCACCAAUAUCUUCCAACAACUCUGCAUCAUUUAAUUCAUUUUCAACAAUAUUUUGAUGGAUAUUUCAGAGAUUAACGGUACAAGCUACACAAAAACUAUACAUUGUAACUUUAAGGUUAGGACAAAGGGAGGUGUCUGCUUAGUAAUUACAGUAGCAUUACAGUUUGAUUAAGCAGUUGUUCAUACUUUAUUCAGUAGUUUAUUAAAGCUUUAUAUUGCACUAAGUAACAUUAACAAAGGGACCCUUACUGUAGUGUUACCUUAAUUUCCACUUUACUUGUUAAGUAAUUUGCAUGCAUUCUGUUUAAUCAGACAUAAUAAGAUGAUGUAAUAACAUUUUUAAAAUUAAUUUUAAUUUAAUUCUCUCCAAAAGAACCUUGCUGUUUCCUCUUUCUGUUUUGUUCUUAAUCGAAAUUUCAAAUGUGAGCAAAAUCCUGCGUUUAAGUUUUGUUUGACUUAUUGGAUUAUUGAUGCUGCCCAUAUUUCAAAACGCUGCCAUUGAGCAGGAUGCAUUAUUGUUUUAUUUACAUUUCAUGCAGAAAGGACUGUGGAGGUUUUGGAAGUUGUAACUUAUUCCACUUUUAUACUCUUUCCCUUGAGUCUCUGUACAUAAAUCUUAACCUUUGAAAAUGACCUUGACAUAGCUAGCAACGCGUUAUAGGUACUUUGAACUUUCACGCAAUGGAAAGUUCCUGUUUUUGAAGCUUAUUUAAUCUGAUUUUUACCUUUGAGGUAAAAGGAUUUUCCAGCAGUCACAUUUUUGUAUAUUUUCCAAAAUUCUGCGAAUAUUGCACAACCAAAUGUUAAUGCUAAAACAAGCUUGGAAUUUGAUAUUUUGAAUAUUUCAUGAUAAUAGAAACAAUCAUAUUGAUGGUGUAUGUAGGCUGUAGUGUGUGCCCUGGUUUUGGAAGUUAAUAUUUAUGAACAAAAAAGAAGCAAUAGUAAUAACUUGUUGGUAUUUAAAUGAAUUUAAUCACCUUUGAAAGCAAAUUUCAUCUGAGUUAUGAGAGUGGUAGAGAUUAGCUGUAAAUACGAGACUGGAUUGUGCACCAGUAGUGAAAGGGCACUGGCAGAGUUGUGAAAGAGGGAGUGUGUGUUACAAAAUGCAGUUUUUCUACUGAGCUUAUCGUAGUUUGAAUGUAUCUCAUGGUGUGUCAUAUCAACGUUGUCCCGCCUGUGACGGCGAACAUCUCCUUUUCGAGUAUCAACACACUUUUUACGUUUCAUUUCCCCUUUCCUCUGAUGUCAGAAGAAACAGAUGUACUAGAGUAGGCAUGCUUAACGAGACUUUACCGAGCGGAUCUGUAAGGCCGCGAAUGAAAUAAACGAGUGCAGACGGAGCUGUGCUGGCA